UCCACAAACCCAGAAAUCCUGGACGCCCCAUCAUCUCGGGCAUUGGCACUCUCACUGAAGGACUGUCUGGAUAUGUGGACUCUCUACUCAGACCCUAUGCCACCAGCACUCCCAGCUAUCUCCGUGACACCACUGAUUUCCUGAGGAAACUACAAUGCAUUGGUGACCUUCCAGAAAACACCAUCCUAGCCACCAUGGAUGUAGAGGCUCUCUACACGAACAUCUCACACACAGAUGGAAUACAAGCUGUCAGGAACACUAUCCCUGAUGAUGCCACAGCACAACUGGCUGCUGAGCUCUGUGCCUUUAUCCUCACACACAACUAUUUCAAAUUUGAUGACAAUAUAUAUCUCCAGAUCAGUGGCACCGCUAUGGGCCCCCGCAUGGCCCCACAAUAUGCCAAUAUUUUUAUGGCCGACCUGGAACAACGCUUCCUCAGCUCUUGUCCACUCACACCCCUUCUCUACCUACGCUACAUUGAUGACAUCUUCAUCAUCUGGACCCAUGGGAAGGAGUCUCUGGAAAAAUUCCACCACAAUUUCAACAGCUUCCACCCCACCAUCAACCUCAGCCUGGACCAGUCUACACAGGAGGUCCACUUCCUAGACACCACGGUGCAAAUAAGUGAUGGUCACAUUACCACCACCCUAUACCGAAAACCUACCAACCGCUAUGCCUACCUUCAUGCCUCCAGCUUCCAUCCCGGGCACAUCACACGAUCCAUUGUCUACAGCCAAGCACUGAGGUACAACCACAUCUGCUCUAACCCCUCAGACAGAGACCAACACCUACAAAAUCUCCACCAAGCAUUCUCAAAACUACAAUACCCGCACGAGGAAAUAAGGAAACAGAUCAACAGAGCCAGACGUGUACACAGAAGCCUCCUACUGCAAGACAAACCCAAGAAAGAAACCAACAGGACUCCACUGGCCAUCACAUACAGUCCCCAGCUAAAACCUCUCCAAUGCAUCAUCAGGGAUCUACAACCCAUCCUGGACAAUGAUCCCACACUUUCACAGGCCUUGGGUGGCAGGCCAGUCCUUGCCCACAGGCAACCUGCCAACCUGAAACAUUCUCACCAGUAACUGCACACAGCACCAUAGUAACUCUAGCUCAGGAACCAAUCCAUGCAACAAACCUCGAUGCCAACUCUGCCCACAUAUCUACACCAGUGACACCAUCACAGGACUUAACCAGAUCAGCCACAUCAUCACCAG